ACCCGGAAGCAGAGCUGAGCAGCGGAGGCGCCGCCGUGGAGCCGCCUUAGAGCCACCGCCCCCUCGCCGCUUUGCCGCUGCGUUGGGAAACCUGGACCGCGGCGGCGCCCGGUUGCCCUCAUGAUCCCGGGCGGGCGGCGGCGGCGGCGGCGGCAGAGGCGGCGGGAGGAUGACCUCGUACAGGGAGCGGAGUGGCGACCUGGCUCGUUUCUACACUGUCACUGAGCCCCAGCGACACCCGAGGGGCUACACAGUAUAUAAGGUCACCGCCCGGGUUGUUUCACGAAGAAAUCCAGAGGAUGUCCAGGAGGAAGAAUCCUGAACCAACCUAUCCAUGAACAUACUCUCUGCCAUUUUCUUAAUCCUUUUUUCCGGAAAACUCUUUUAUAAUAACAACUGUUGGUGAACCAUUCAUCAGAAAACUCUUAUAAUUGUAUGGAAGAGAUACAGUGAUUUUAAGAAACUACACAAAGAACUAUGGCAAAUUCACAAAAACUUAUUCCGACAUUCAGAAUUAUUUCCUCCAUUUGCUAAAGGAAUAGUGUUUGGGCGAUUUGAUGAAACUGUUAUUGAAGAGAGAAGACAGUGUGCUGAAGACCUGCUGCAGUUCUCUGCCAAUAUUCCUGCUCUUUACAAUAGUAAACAGCUUGAAGAUUUUUUCAAGGGUGGAAUAAUUAAUGAUAGUUCUGAAUUAAUUGGUCCUGCUGAAGCUCACUCAGAUUCCCUCAUUGAUACCUUUCCUGAGUGUACAGAAGGCUUCUCCAGUGACAGUGAUCUGAUCUCUCUUACUGUUGAUGUGGAUUCUCUUGCUGAGUUAGAUGAUGGAAUGGCUUCCAAUCAAGAUUCUCCCAUUAGAACUUUUAGUCUCAAUCUUUCUUUGGAUUCUUCAGCACUAGGAGCUGUUGCUUCUGAGAGUGAACAGAACAAAACAGAAGAAAGGGAAAGUCGUAGCCUCUUUCCUGGCAGUUUAAAACCCAAGCUUGGCAAGAGAGAUUAUUUGGAGAAAGCAGGAGAAUUAAUAAAGCUGGCUUUAAAAAAGGAAGAAGAAGAUGACUAUGAAGCUGCUUCUGAUUUUUAUAGGAAGGGAGUUGAUUUACUCCUAGAAGGUGUUCAAGGAGAGUCAAGCCCUACUCGUCGAGAAGCUGUGAAGAGAAGAACAGCUGAGUAUCUCAUGCGGGCAGAAAGUAUCUCUGGUCUUUAUGGGAAACCUCAACUUGAUGACGUAUCACAGCCUCCAGGAUCACUAAGUUCAAGGCCCCCUUGGAACCUAAGAAGCCCUGCCGAGGAGCUGAAGGCCUUCAGAGUCCUUGGGGUGAUUGACAAGGUUUUACUUGUAAUGGACACAAGGACAGAACAGACCUUCAUUUUAAAAGGUCUAAGGAAAAGCAGUGAAUACAGCAGGAACAGAAAGACCAUCAUCCCCCGCUGUGUGCCCAACAUGGUGUGUCUGCAUAAGUACAUCAUCUCUGAGGAGUCGGUAUUUCUUGUGCUGCAGUAUGCGGAAGGUGGCAAACUGUGGUCAUAUAUCAGUAAAUUUCUAAACAGAAGUCCUGAAGAAAGCUUUGACAUCAAGGAAGUGAAAAAAUCUACACUUGCAAAAGUUCACCUGCAACAGCCAGCUUCUAGUCCUCAGGACAGCAGUAGCUUUGAAUCCAGAGGAAGUGAUGGUGGAAGCAUGCUUAAAGCUCUGCCUUUGAAGAGUAGUCUUACUCCGAGUUCUCAAGAUGACAGCAACCAGGAAGAUGAUGGCCAAGAUAGCUCUCCAAAAUGGCCAGAUUCUGGUUCAAGUUCAGAAGAAGAAUGUACUACUAGUUAUUUAACAUUAUGCAAUGAAUAUGGGCAAGAAAAGAUUGAACCAGGGUCUUUGAAUGAGGAGCCCUUCAUGAAGACCGAAGGGAAUGGUGUUGAUACUCAAGCUAUUAAAAGCUUCCCAACAUACCUUGCUGCUGACAGUGACAGCCCCAGCACACAGCUGAGAGCUGCCGAGCUGAAGCUCUUCCCCAACGAUGACCCAGAAGCAGUUAGUUCUCCAAGAACAUCAGAUUCCCUCAGUAGAUCAAAAAAUACCCCCAUGGAAUUCUUUAGGAUAGACAGUAAGGAUAGUGCAAGUGAACUCCUGGGACUUGACUUUGGAGAAAAAUUGUAUAGUCUAAAAUCAGAACCUUUGAAACCAUUCUUUACUCUUCCAAAUGGAGACAGUGCAUCUAGGAGUUUUAAUACUAGUGAAAGCAAGGUAGAGUUUAAAGCUCAGGACACCAUUAGCAGGGGCUCAGAUGACUCAGUGCCAGUUAUUUCAUUUAAAGAUGCUGCUUUUGAUGAUGUUAGUGGUACUGAUGAAGGAAGACCUGAUCUUCUUGUAAAUUUACCUGGUGAAUUGGAGCCAACAAGAGAAGCUGCAGCAAUGGGACCUACUAAGUUUACACAAACUAAUACAGGGAUAAUAGAAAGUAAACUCUUGGAAACCCCUGAUGUUUUAUGCCUCAGGCUUAGUACUGAACAAUGCCAAACACAGGAGGAGAAAGGCACGGAGGAACUGAGUGAUCCCUCUGGGCCCAAAUCCCACAGUAUAACAGAGAAACACUAUGCACAGGAGGAUCCCAGGAUGUUAUUUGUAGCAGCCGUUGAUCGUAGCAGUUCAGGAGAUGUGUCUUUGUUACCCAGCUCAGAUCCCAAGUUUCAAGGACUUGGAGUGGUGGAGUCAGUAGUAACUGCAAACAACACAGAAGAAAGCUUAUUCCAUAUUUGCAGUCCACUCUUAGGUGCUAAUGAAUAUAUUGGAAGCACAGACACUUUAAAAACAGAGGAAGUAUUGCUGUUUACAGAUCAAACUGAUGAUUUGGCUAAAGAGGAACCAACUUCUUUAUUCCAGAGAGGCUCUGAGACUAAGGGAGAAAGUGGUUUAGCGCUUGAAGGAGACAAGGAAAUACAUCAGAUUUUUGAGGACCUUGAUAAAAAAUUAGCACUAACCUCCAGGUUUUACAUCCCAGAGGGCUGCAUUCAAAGAUGGGCAGCUGAAAUGGUGGUAGCCCUUGAUGCUUUACAUAGAGAGGGAAUUGUGUGCCGCGAUUUGAACCCAAACAACAUCUUAUUGAAUGAUAGAGGACACAUUCAGCUAACGUAUUUUAGCAGGUGGAGUGAGGUUGAAGAUUCCUGUGACAGCGAUGCCAUAGAGAGAAUGUACUGUGCCCCAGAGGUUGGAGCAAUCACUGAAGAAACUGAAGCCUGUGAUUGGUGGAGUUUGGGUGCUGUCCUCUUUGAACUUCUCACUGGCAAGACUCUGGUUGAAUGCCAUCCAGCAGGAAUAAAUACUCACACUACUUUGAAUAUGCCAGAAUGUAUCUCUGAAGAGGCUCGCUCACUCAUUCAACAGCUCUUGCAGUUCAAUCCUCUGGAGCGACUUGGUGCUGGAGUUGCUGGUGUUGAAGAUAUCAAAUCUCAUCCAUUUUUUGCCCCUGUGGAUUGGACAGAACUGAUGAGAUGAACGUAAUGCAGGGUUAUCUUCACACGUGCUGAUCUUCUCUGUGACAGGCGUCUCCAGCACUGAGGCACCUCUGCCUCGCAGUCACUUACGGAGCACCAAAGCAUUUGGAUAAGGACCAUUGGAGGAAAUGGGGGGAAAUGGCUAAAAGAGAACAAUUUGUUUACAAUUACUAGAUAUUAGUUAAUUUUGCAAGAGGCGGUGAUAUACAUAUCUUAAACCAAGGUGUGAUCUGAAUUUAAUCCACAUUUGGUAUUGCAGAUGAGUUGUAAAGCCAACUGAAAGAGUUCUUCAGGAAGUUCCUCCGAUAGGAAGCUGUGAGUGUAGAAUGAAGUUUUACUUGAAAGAAGGACCUUUACAUGGCAGCUAACAGUGCUUUUUGCUGACCAGGAUUGGUUUAUAUGAUCAAAUAAAUAUUUGCCUAAUAAUACACUAAAAGUAUUUCAUGAAUAAUGUUAUCAAUGCAACUUAAAAGUGAGGGAAAAAAAGAGAAUAUGCACGUAAUUUCUGAUGGAAAACCUGUACCCUGAUGCUGUGUAGUUAAUGUAUGUUGAAUGUGGUCCCGGAUUAUUUCUGUGAGAAGACACUCCAUGUUGUCAGCUUUGUCCUCUUGGUUGAUACUACUUAUUUAGAGAAUGGUUCAUAUAGACACUCACUCUGUGUCUUCAACAGCAUCUUUCUUUCGCCAUCUUUCCAUUUUCUGCACCCUCUGCUUGUUCCUUCAUAUUCCAUUCUUCCUACUCCUGCUAACACACAUGCAACAAAAAAGGGAAGGAAGUUCUUAUUUUUCCAAAUUGUGUGAGUACUAAGAAAUCAUGAUGUCAAAUAAACAUGGUGAAACAUUA